AUGAAAAAACUUUUUGAGAACGACUAUAAAUUAAAUCCGAAUGAUGGACCAAAUUCAAAAGAUUUGUUUUCCAGAUUAAAUAUCACCUGCGGAUACUGGCUGUCAUUUGAUAAUAUUGAUGUUGCCUUCAUCGAAAAAAAUGGGGAAUACAAACUAUCCACAAGUCAAAAUGUAACUGUUAAACAAAGUCAAAAAAAUUUUAGAACUGCCUUCGAAAAAGCAACGGAAGAACAUAAAAAUAAAUUUGUCAGUAUCGUGGAAGAAGAAAUUCCGGAUGGAAAUCCAUCGAUCCACGAUGACAUUUCCGACGACGUGCGUGAUGAAAUUCACCGUGAAAAUAUCGAUGAUAAUCUUGAAUUUAACGAUCGUGUCAUACAGUUUCAUCGCGAUGGAAAAUUCACCGAACAGGAAGCAAGGGAACUGGUUGGAAUUACCGUUCCCAAAGGACAGCCUGAUGAACGAAUUAAGUAUUUAAAGGUUGAACGUCAAAAACUGAAAACAGAUUUUGAUACCGAAUCCGAUGAUGAACGACAAGAUAUUUUUCGCGAAGCGUUAGAAAUUAUCGAUCAAAAUAUCGACGAUGCGAGACUGGAAAUGCGGAAACAUCCCGAAUCCGAAGAAGGUGUGCAUCGUGUUCGGGAAAAAGUUUGUGAGGAUGUACGGACAAGAUUUGAAAAAUUUUAA